AUGAAAUGGCAAGUGGUUUUCAGCCACAUCAUAUCCUUCCUCUCAGCAGCCACUGCCACGAGUGAAUCGACAUUGGAUUGGCAGAAGCGCGCGGCUUCAUGCGAUCUGUACGGCAACACGUCGAAGAACCGCCAACCACCAUUCUCAAAUGGCAUCCUCAAGCUCCCUUCCAUGCGGCCGCCCCAGAAUUGUCGCACAUUUCACAGCGAAGAGGUGGAGCAGGCGAUCAACGAGACGGUGGCAGCUAUCAAGGACCCAGACUUGAAGAAGCUCUUCGAGAAUGCCUUUCCGAAUACACUAGACACCACAGUCAGUUGGCGCGGUGUUGCAGCAGACAACAAAGAUGAGGAGCUAUCCUUCAUAAUCACCGGCGACAUUCCAGCAAUGUGGCUCCGUGAUUCUGCAAAUCAACUCCAAUCCUACGCGCCUCUCCUCAAAGCCUCCAGCGACAAGAACUCUCUCGCUUCCCUCUGGCGCGGUGCCAUCAAUCUCCAAGCUCGUUACCUUCUCCAAUAUCCUUACUGUCAAGCGUUCCAACCACCACCCGAAUCCGGGCGUCCCGCAGAACGCAACUACGCCUUCGACGGCUCGUAUAAAGUGACACCACCUUACAGCGACAAGAUCGUCUUCGAAUGCAAAUGGGAACUGGACUCGCACGCUGCAUUUCUACAACUCUCAGACACAUACUUCCGGCAAACGAACGACAUUCAGUUCUUCCAAAAGUUCAACUGGAUCAAAGCCGUCUCCCUCAUCCUCGACACAGUUCAACACAUGACAGACGAUACGACCUACAACCCUGACGGCACCGUGAAGGACUCUGCAUACAUCUUCUCCUCAUUCACGAACGGUGGACUCGGCGCACCUAUAGCUUCCGGAACAGGUCUGAUAAAAUCCGCAUUCCGGCCCAGCGACGACGAAGUCAUCUACCAACUCUUCAUACCAGCCAACAUGCAAUUCUCACACUACCUCGACCGCACCUCAGAGAUCGCAUCGAAACUCGACGCCAACCUCGCGAAAAGAAUGCGCGACAAAGCUGCUUCCGUUCGAGCCGCUAUCGAAGCCCACGCCAUUGUCCCGACCAAAGAACACGGAGACGUCUACGCCUAUGAAAUCGACGGGUAUGGAGGUGUCAACCUCAUGGACGAUGCGAAUUCUCCUUCUCUCUUGUCCUCGGCAUACUUUGGAUACUCAUCCCUUUCAGACCCAGUCUAUCAAAACACUCGAGCCAGAGUCUUAUCCACAUAUAACCCAUACUGGGCUCAUGGACCCGUGCUCUCAGCCGUCGGCGGUCCACAUAACGGUCCAGCCAAUGGUUGGCCCAUGGCAGCCAUCAUGAGGAUCCUGACUUCUCAGAACGAUGACGAGAUUGCUCGGCAGUUGUAUAGUAUUUUGACUUCGACGGAUGGUUUGGGUUUGGUACAUGAGAGUGUUAAUGCUCAUAAUGAGGGGAAGUGGACGAGGAGUUGGUUUGCUUGGGCUAAUGGCUUGUUUGGACAGUGUGUUUACGAGCUUGCGAUGAAGAAGUCGAGGGUUUUGGAGAUGAGCUUUCAGGAUUGGAGAGGUGGGAGUAAGGAUGAUGUUGGGACGAGGGAUUUUACGCCGAAACAUCGGGCUGGAGGUGGGAAGGGGAAGGAGGUUUGA